CACACUGCAGCAAAGACACACACUCACACAUACACACACACUCACUCACUCUCUCUCAGCAGCGGCUCCUCACGAUGGCAGCUCCCAACAAAGUGUGCAUCAUCGGCUCUGGAAACUGGGGUUCUGCCAUUGCCAAGAUAGUGGGUGCCAAUGCCACGCAGAAUCCAAAAUUCGACGACACCGUCAAAAUGUGGGUGUUCGAGGAGAUGGUGAACGGGCGCAAGCUGACGGAGGUGAUCAACACCGACCACGAGAAUGUGAAGUACCUGCCCGGUCACACGCUUCCAGCAAACGUGCUGGCCGUCCCAGACCUGGUGGAGGCGUCCAGUGACGCGGACAUCCUGGUGUUUGUGAUCCCGCACCAGUUUGUCGGGAAAGUGUGCGACACCAUAAAGGGGAAGAUCAAGAGCGACGCACUGGGGAUUUCUCUCAUCAAGGGCGUGGACGAAGGACCCGAUGGACUUAGACUCAUCUCUGACGUGAUCCAGGAGAAGCUGGGCAUCACCAUGAGCGUCCUGAUGGGGGCCAACAUUGCCAACGAGGUUGCUGAGGAGAAGUUUUGUGAGACCACCAUCGGAUGUAAGAAUAAAAACCACGGUGCUCUCCUGAAGGAACUCAUGCAGACCAACAACUUCAGAGUCACUGUAGUGGAGGAGUAUGACGUGGUGGAAAUCUGUGGAGCCCUGAAGAACAUCGUGGCGGUCGGGGCAGGUUUCUGUGACGGUCUGGGCUUCGGGGAUAACACGAAGGCAGCGGUGAUCAGACUGGGCCUGAUGGAGAUGAUCGCCUUUGCGCGAAUUUUCUGCACCGCUGGACGCGUGUCCUCUGCAACUUUCCUGGAGAGCUGCGGCGUGGCCGACCUCAUCACGACAUGCUACGGCGGCCGCAACCGCAAAGUAGCCGAGGCGUUUGUGAAGACCAAGAAGUCCAUUGAGGAGCUGGAGAAAGAGAUGCUGAACGGCCAGAAGCUGCAGGGGCCAGCGACAGCAGCUGAGGUCUAUCUCAUCCUCAAACACAAAGACCUCAUUGACAAGUUCCCGCUGUUCAAUGCAGUGUAUCAGAUCUGCUACCAGGACCAACCAGUCACAGAGUUCAUACGCUGUUUGCAGAACCACCCGGAGCACAUGUAACAGAACAAUAAAACUGACCAAGUGCCUUCUGAACGGAGAUCUUCCCCACUCUUCCUCUGUUGCUCGUCUGAAGCAGACGGGGGACGAUCCGUAACUCCACAGCCGUCGUUUGUCUCAACUGUCUCCGGCGCAGUCUGAACCGUAACAUCUGUGUGUUCAGCUCGGUUUUGACCACUUUGUUCUUAACAUUCAGUUUUUGACGUCUUAAAGUGCUUUCUCUCAUUCCCUGACUCAUACUGAAACUUGAAAGAUAGUUGUCUGGACCGAAUAUGAGGGUCCGACUACUCUUUGUUUUUGCCUGAGAAAUUCUUCUGGUGCCAGAUGAAAUCAAAAUGCAUGAUGUCAGUUUUAAAACAAGAAUCCACAUCAUGGUUAACGCAUGUCUUUGUCGGACCAUACAUGUUCAUCAGUUAACUGACUUUGAUAUGGCUUUACAUCACGCAUUCUAAUUUCCACAGGCCGACUCCUCAGGGCAUGGUACCUCAUCUCAAAUAGAUGUUGCCGUCCAGUGAGCGCCAUGUCCAUCAUCUCUACAAGUUAUUUAAUCAUAGAUGUGAUACCUCACUUUGUGUCUUACAUAAUUCACAGAUAUUUCCUGUCUUGUACUGUAUUAUUAACAAACUGUCGAUCGCACACAGCAACCUUUUUAAUAUGAACAUGCGAGUAAGUGCCUUCAGAUGCAGGUUGCUACAUCUUGGCCGUUGUCUCAUUUAGUGUUUUGGGUCAAACCAAAGACUUACAGCAUCUACUUAACGUCCGUCCACUUCGCCUUUUGUUACUGUGAACCUGCCUGACCCGUUUAUCAGUUAUGGCCAAUGUGUGUUGGAAAUAUGUCAACUUCUGUCUGUGAAUAAAUUAAAUCUUGUCGUCUCA